AUGGGCAAAGCCCAGGAUCACGACAUAACCCAACUGAUUGAACGCGCUUUCGCAUCAGCCGUUAGGCUCACCACAGACAAUGCUCGGACUCGCAUGUAUCUCUGCUACUACUAUGGACUCUUGUUUUAUUAUAAUAGUUGUAAUGCUAAUGAUAUUCUGGAAGCCAUUGCUCUGUGGGAGACGAACAUACAAGAAGAUGAUCCCUUAGAUGGUACAUCCAUCGACAUGGUACGAAACAAGUCUAUCCGUAAGGUUAUCACAGCAUAUCUCGACCUCUGUAAGCUCCAGCCCGAAUAUGCAGACCCCAAAGAUGAACACCUCAAAGCUCUGCUCAAACUGCAGAAGAAGAGACCAGGUGUCUUCGACAGAUCAGAGAACUCAUGGAGAGCGAGACUCUACCAUCGUAGUAUCAAGUCGAAGAAUGAGGCCAAGAAGCAGAUUGAGCCAUACGUCAUCGAAGCUUUAACGCUUCUUUCGGAUGGCAUACUCGGGCCCAAUGGUUCGUCCCGAAAAUUUCAAGAAAUUGCCCGCGCGUUGCACGGGCCUCCCACCCCAAGGGAAAUACCCACCCCAAGGGCAUCACUUAGAUACAACAUAAUACCAACCCCACCACAACAUUAG